UAUUGUAAGAUUAUAAAUCUAAAUAUUUUCAGAAUCGGCUUCAUGCGCAUCAUGCACCAAUGGAUUUUACCGGAUCUGGAGGACGGAUCGUUACAGAUCCUCGUGAGGCUGCAGAGAUAGCUCACAUGGAGUCGAGGUUACGUCCCACACCUCGGUUCACCUGGUCCUCUUCUCCGUCCUCGGACAUGAAGGAGGAUUCUCCUCCAGUCCCAGGUCAAGCCUGGUUUAAACCCGGAGUGACGAGAGAUCAGGCCAACAAUGCUCUCCUACCACACAGAGCCUUGGACGGAGUUUUCUUGAUCCGUGAAUGCAGCAGAGGACAAGGAGGAUAUGUCAUUUCUCUCACAACUCAGGGGAAGGUUGUUCAUGCUCAAAUAGUUCGGAUAACACACGAGGGUAAAUCUGCUUUCUCCCUGGAUGGCGGGAAAACCAAGUUCCCAAACCUUGAACAGUUGGUUGAGUUUCAUAAGAUGAAUAUUGGAUCCCUUCCUAAUCUUCUGAGAGAGAAGCAGGUUCAGGUUUGCCCAACUGCUUCUCUCGUCAACCUUUCCUGACAAAUCUUCUGGAUUAUCGCCACUGUAUGAGAUCGUUCACCGAACCAAAACUUUAUAAAAUUAUCUUGUCAGACUUUGUAUUAUCCAACCCUAUUGGAUCUCAAUCUUAAGAUUAUUCAGAAAACUGAAACCUUUUUAUUUAUUUCCCAACGUAAAAUACUUUUGUUAUACAAAUAUGUUAUCUGUUAUAUAUGCAUUUGCAUAGAGUACCCAGCUAAGCCUGUAUUAUAAUGUGAUGUACGUCUUUCUCCUGUUUAAUGCAGAACUAAUAUUCUUUUUCUAAAUUCAUAUCACUUAUCUUAUCCAUCCAUUUUAUAACUUUUAAAUUUCAUCUAAAAGAUUUUAUUUGCUUAUUCUCCACCUGCCUUUUAUUUGCAAUAUCAAUAUUUUAUACUAUAUGCAUUGGUUACAAAUGUAAGAAUACUGCGUCCCUCAUGUUAUUUUGUAGGCAAAAAUCUGAUUGUUUUGCCUGCGCCCCUGUCCAACCAUCCUCAAAACAUUUCAAACAAUUUUUGCAUCUCCAAUUAAAAGAUUGCGCUUCGUUUCAGGAAAAGGUGCAAGUUAUAUGAAAAAAUAAGCAAAGUGAUAAAUCAUUUUAUGAGUUCUGCGCAAUGAGAAAACAAAAUAAUCAGUUUUCCUUGGAUCUAACUCCUUAGGUCACGGAAAGUCUAUUCAUUACAAACGCUUGGAUAUGGUUCCAAGAACAAUAAAAUAAAUGAAGAUCUUAUGUCCCAUCCCCCCCCCCCCGCGAAUUCAUAUAGUAGAGAUAUUUUUUUUCAUUAACGUUAAUUCUAUUAACUGCCCCCCUGCUGAGCCGAGCUAAGAGGCUCGGCAUCUAACAAUUAAUAAUUCGUAUUCCUUGUAAUUAAUGAUAUCUAUCGAUAGGUGCGGCAUUCCAGCCUCACACCUGAUACUCAAUCAUUUUGAUUUUUACAACUGAUUGUGGUAUUAGCGCUUUCUUGCACAAACUAUGAAAAGGAUGCUUUAUUUAUCAAUGCAUAUUCCUCUUAUAUCAAGCUUAAAACGAAUGAUGAAGACCAAUAAAAAAGUAAUCUGUA